UCCCUAACGUGCCUGUAACGUGAUGCGUUCACGGACCAUCCCUGACUGACAGACUGACUCUUGAGCUCUCCAAGGAGGGAAAAGUUGGAGAAGAUGCACCGGAGCUGAGAAAAGUUCCCAGAAGUCACACUCCGGUUCUCCGCAGCGGGUCACAGCUGAUCGGUUUAACCGAGGAUGAGGAGUAGGAGACGGACUGGACGGUCCACAUAUAUCUGAAAACAUGAUCAGCCCUGCAGAGGAGACAGAUUUUAAACCCCCACUCUGAACCCUUGAAAAGCAGACUUUAUUUUGGAGUCCAUCUGUGCAGCAUGAGCACCCUGCAGCAGCUGGGCACCAUGUCGUUCCUGAUGAAAAAGAAGAAGUUUAAGUUUCAGGUUAACUUCACUCUGGAGGAGCUGACAGCGGUGCCCUUCGUUAACGGGGUCCUGUUCUGUAAGAUCCGGCUGAUGGAGGGAGGAGACUUUACCACCCUGUCAUCCAGGGAGGAGGUGCAGCAGAACUGCGUCCGAUGGAGGAAGAAGUACUCGUUCGUGUGUAAGAUGAGCGCAAACACAACCAGUGGAGUGUUGGACCCCUGCACCUGCAGAGUCUCUGUACGCAAGGAGCUCAAAGGAGGGAAAACUUUCUCCAAGCUGGGUUUUGCUGAUCUCAACAUGGCAGAGUUUGCUGGUUCAGGCUCGACCGUGCGCUGCUGCAUCCUGGAGGGUUACGACACCAAAAACACCCGACAGGACAACUCCAUCCUCAAGGUGACGAUCGGGAUGACUCUCCUGUCUGGGGAUCCCUGCUUUAAAACGCCUCCCAGCACGGCCAAAUCGGUCUCUAUCGGGGACGAGGAUCCAACCCUGCAGCUGGACUGUAAGGGAGAGAGCACGGACGCCUCGGUGACGACACGAGGAAGCUUCAAAGAGUCUCCUCGCUCCUUCAAACACAAACAGUCGUCCGUACGCAGCGCAGGGCUGCCUGAGGAGGGAGAGUGUGUGUCCAGUCCAGAUGACGUGUUUCAGUCAGGUCACGUCCGCAGCUCGAGCUACGCCUCUCAGCACAGCAAGAUCUCAGGUUACAGCACGGCUCACUCUCGCUGCUCCAGCCUGACGGACCUCAGUCACCAUAGAAACGCCUCCUCCAGCAGCAGCGCCUCCUGUGGCCCCGCCCACCCCUCCUCCUCCCAGCAGCCUCCCUCCACCCCGACAGAGGCGCCCAAACUAGCCACACCCACCAAACCAGAUAGACCGCCUCCUCCCACUGCAGUCGCCCUUAUGUCCAAUAGAUCCUCCAGGAGGAAGAAGGACAACGUGCAGCGGCAGCCUAGCUGUGUGGACGACACUCGCAUCGAUGCAGACGCCAUCGUGGAGAAAAUCAUCCAGAGUCAGAAUUUCUCUGACAGCAGCAACAACGAAGACAGCAACCUGAGGCUGUUUGUGAGCAAAGACGGGACGACGGCGCUCAGCGGGACGCAACUCGCCAACAGAGGAACUCCUGGAGCGUUUGAGCCGGUCGUCAUUGAGACUCACUGAGAGAAACGUCUGCAGCUUCGUCCACUGGAUCUCGCUCUGUGACGUCUGAUUGUAGGACUGUAUGUGUGCAGACAUGUCUCCAUGCACAUAGCAUGAAAAAAGACUACUGCAGUAUAAAGAUAUUAACCCUUUAAGCAUAUUUAAUAAGGUGGUGGGAGGUGUGUUAAGUCUCUUCUCACAAUUGGUAGCGUUUAAAUUUAUUUACCUCAGUGUCAGAGAGCCCGGCUUCCAGGUGUUCACAGUCAGUCUGAAAAUACUCCUUGAAAUUCAGAUUCAACUCCUCCAUCACGUCUUCCCACAUUCAAACGCUCCCAGCAGCUCAGGGGGAACGCUUCGCCAGGUGAUAGCAACUUGAGCCUUAAAAAAGGUUGCACUCGCACUACCGUGCUCGAGCAUGAUUCGCCCCUAUAAAGUCCAGAUUGUUUGACUCGUGUGAGAGCUCCGUAUCGUGCCCAGGCUCGGUGCACCUCUUUGGUCCUGGCAUGGUUUGAAAAGGUGAGCUUAAUGCACGAGCAGAAGCAUGGGUAGGCAACAUGGACAUAAUGCAUGACGAUGCGACUGCCUUGCAGAAUCAAUAUGAAUAAUAUCCAUUAAGGUCAGAAUAUGACACGAUUUUAGCACUGGAAACUGACGUGCGAUCAUGAAGGUGCAGUGAAGCACUUUCACCUCGUAUUACAAGGUGAUGACAUGUGCACAUCGCUCUGAAUGUGUAGCCCAGUGGAGGACAGAGGAGGGGGGACAAUCAUGCUUUGCCUCGCUACGAAUUGUGAGUCCGCCCUUAGUGUAACACUUCUGCUCGAAAAUGUCUCAUUUAUGCUCCAAAAUAAGAAAGUUUAUCUGCAGAUAUUAGAAGUUUAAAGUCUUCAAUUUAUGCAUUUUGUAAGACGGAGGAUACACCCAGCUAGCUGCGAUGUUUUGGUGUUAAAGGGACAAAAAAACUGGAUACUGACACUUCACAACCAUCUCCGACAUUCGGGUCAGGCCUUUAGUUCUCUUGUUUUAAAUCUUGAGUCUUGUUUCCACAUCCUUUGAGGUCUCAGUGACUCACAGGAACAAACUUUUGGAAUUCAUCCUGAAUGAUCCCUGAAACACACCCAGAGGAACUUUGACCACGCUUAGAGCACAGAUUACUUGAAUGAUACCCUGAAGACCACUGCAUUGUGGGAGUUGUAGUGAAACACUGAAUAAAUGGUGCGUACAGGAGCACAUCGUCAGCUUGUAAAUCUGAACACUUCUGAGAUAAAAGUCGUGUUUACGAGAUGACGGGACCCUUGGCUUGCAGCGAGGUCAGAGGUCGCGGAGACUGACUGGAACUGACGCUUUUAAUCUGUUAUUGUUUGUGAUGCUGAUUAAUCUUUGUAUAAACGUACUUAUGGAACUGUUUGCACACGUGAGGAGGAUUUUUAUAAACCACUAAAGGACACAGAGGAUUUUUAAAUGUUUUAAAGUUUCUUUUUUAUUGUUUUAUUUGAAUGUUUUUGUUUUUGGAAUGAAAUAAUGUGACCAUGUGACUCCGUCAGUUCGCUUGAUGCUCUUGUGAAAGAGCACAGACUUGUGUUCAUGUGGCAGGCCACGUGUAACCGUCCAAUCCCUGCACUUCUUUUUAUGCUCUUUUCAACUCUUUACCAUAUUUUACAGACUUAAGCUUCAUGAUAGAAAACACCGAUCAGGUGAGAGACACUGAAUGUUACAUUUCAACAAACUGAAUGAUAAAGCUUCUAAGACGACAGAUUCUCGUCUAUUGACAACAAUCCUGACGCUUCAGAUCAACAUUAGCAUUUAUUGGUUGUUGUGAUUCUCACUUCCUGUAGCAUAAGGCCCGUUCUUUGCUUUCCUUUGUGCUCUGUAUUGGUCUCAACCACGGGGGCGGAGCUAGACUUUUCAGACUGGGGUGCCUGAACUUUGUCAAUGUUUCAAGUUGGGGUGGCUGAAGUAUUUGUGCACGCUAGUUCUCACAAUUCAGAUAGGAUCACAGAUCAAGGGUCACGGUUUUCUGCCCAAAAGAACUAGAUUUUUAUAGAACUGGAUUUGAUGCCGUAGCCUCACCUUUAGGUCCACGUAGCCCUGUUCAGACACAGAAGCCUACGCACUUCAUCCCCUGUCCUUUGAGUAAAUAAUCACUGAUGUGAGUCGGCAAUGUUUCUGCUUUUACUGCGGCUGCUCAGUUUCCCAUUCGUUGCACUUUGUAGUUUUAGACAGUUUUGUGAUCGUGCUGCAGCUCACUCUUUGCAGCAGAUGGACAUUAAAAGAAUCAUAUUUAGUGUUUUGAUGUUUUACUAUUUGUUUCUGAGUUUAGAGAUAACGCUGACACACUCGCUCUGUCGGUGUAGGCUGCUCUGAGGUCAGUCCUACAGCUGCAGACGCACAAAGACUCUGUUGUCUCCGGACAGACAAUAUACAAUAGAUCGUCCCUCAGCACUGUGUGUGUGUGUGUGUGUGUGUGUGUGUGUGUGUGUGUGUGUGUGUGUGUGUGUGUGUGUGUGUGUGUGUGUGUGUGUGUGUGUGUGUGUGUGUGUUACUGUAUGUUUCUGUAUGUUUAAAUGCACCACUACAUGUUUGUGUAAAUCAGAUAUUCCUGAUCCUCUGUCUUCAGACCAGCCGGCUGGUCCACAUGUCGUACACGGAGGCGGAUGUUUUAAGGUGGAAUAAUAUUUUUACAAAUAAUGUGCAGCAAAGGGACGCGUUAUUGUGAUUUAUUCUAUAAAUACAAAUAUAUUCCAUGUACUUGACUUUGUAACAAACUAAAUGUCUCUGUGGUGAAAGGGUUUUUAUAUUUCCGAUUAUUUGCAGUUAAAAUAAAUAAUUGCAUGAUUAUAUUUGAUGUGUUAUGUUGCAUUUUAGCAUUAAAGCUUAUUAUAUUUGCAAAGGGCACAGAUUUAGCAAGAAAAUAUAUCAAUCUUUUAAUUUAUUGAACAGGAAUAAGGCGUUGCUCUUCGCCUUAAUACCUAAAUACUUCGAUAUCAUGUCAAACUGUGUGAACACUGUGUUAAAAGCUUCACCUGUACUUUUAAAAUCUGGCUCUUUUUACCAAAUGAAUGUAACUCCAAAUAUUUUUCUGUCUUUGUGUUAAAGAGUUUAUAAAAGCAUGUGAGAGUCACCUGAGGAGUUGUGACGUCCUCAUAGUUGUCUCUGAGUGUUGGAGGGAACAAACUAUGAUUUUCCACAAACACGCCAAAUAAAAUACUUAAAUCAGA